AUGACUUCGGUUGAGUUGACCUGCUCAAUUUGCUCGGAUCGCGCUGAAGGAUAUCAUUUUGGAGCUGUCAGUUGCGCCGCGUGUGGAGCGUUUUUCAGAAGGAGUGUUUCGGACCAAAAAUGUAUUCGUGCCCAAACCGCCAAUGCAUUGUUACUUUUGAUCCAUCGCGUCGUGGCGGUUGUUGUCGUUUCUGUCGAUUUCUCAAAUGCCUCGCAUCUGGAAUGUUGCCGCAAGAAGUCCGUGCGAAGCGAUCAAAUUCGGUCUCUUCAUUUUCACAUUCUUCGCCGAAAACGAUGCCACUGA